AUGGAGAAGGCCCACCAAAUACUCAGAGAGACCUUCGGGUUUCCUUCAUUUCGCCUUGCUCAAGAGGAGGUGAUCCGGCGGCUGAUUGUAGAGAAUGACAAUGCUCUUGUGCUUUUUCCUACUGGAGGGGGUAAAAGUUUAACGUAUCAAGUGCCAGCUUUAUGUCUAGAUGGACUCACACUCGUGAUAUCGCCACUAAUUGCCCUCAUGAAGGAUCAGGUCGAUGCGCUGGUCGACCGCGGUGUCAAGGCAGCUAACCUAGAUAGUACUCUGUCUGCAGAACGGUCUACUUGGGUGAAGAGCGAAGUAGUCUCGGGCUCGAUGAAGCUCUUGUACGUUGCUCCUGAGAGGCUUAACAAUGAAUCUUUUGUCAACAUGAUGCGACAGGUGAAGAUAUCACUGCUAGCAGUUGACGAAUCCCACUGCAUUUCGCAGAUUGCGCGGUUUGCUGAGGAAAUGGACGUUGAGCGCGUGUUGUGCUUAACUGCUACAGCGACGAAGACCGUUGCCGAGGAUAUCUGCAAGAACUUCCUCAUCGACCCUCUCGCAGGCGUAUUCCGAACCCCCGUCUUCCGCCCAAACCUUGCAUUCCGUGCAGAGGUUGCUCAGAACGCGAAUGAGAAGCUCAAUCGUAUUAUUCCUAUGCUCAAAGAGCGGACAGGCCCUGCUAUUGUUUACGUCACGACACAAAAACAGGCGGAGGAGAUAGCGAACAAUCUUAUGCCUCAUGGGCUUGAACCCAUGGUGUAUCACGCAGGCUUGCCCGGUGACCAACGUGAAGAUGUCCAACAGAAAUUUAUGAACUCGGAUAGAGGUAUCGUCUGCGCUACGAUUGCAUUUGGGAUGGGGAUUGACAAAGGCGAUCACAUCAUUCACUACAACAUGCCAAAGACGCUGGAGAACUACAGCCAAGAAGUUGGAAGGGCAGGCAGAGACGGACUGGAGUCCACAUGUCUCAUGUUCCUCUGUGCUACCGACAUACCUAUAUUAGAAGGCUUCGCCCGAGGUGAUACAUGCGCUAAGCGAGACAUAGAGCUGUGGCUGCAAGAAGUAGCAUUGCGUGAGCCCGCUCCCGAUGGCACUAUAGACUUCAACCAAUAUCAGCAAUCCAAACAAGAAAAUGGCCUGAGGGUGAAUGUACUCCCUGACGAUCCUGUGCAGCCGACUGUGCUGAACCUGUGCUAUGCACAACUCGAGCUGGACUUCGGACAUAUUAGGGCCACCACCCCUUUCUAUACCAUCUACGAUCUUGCGCCGAGUCGAGGUGACGGCUGGUCGAAGGUCAUGGCAGACAAGUCGCCAGCAGCCAUCACGAUCAGGAAACAUUGGACCGCCAAGGCAUCUGGUUACCAGAUUGAUACAGUCUCCACUGCCACCUAUGCAAAAAUCGACCGCACUGAAAUCGCCAAACAAAUCAGCAUCUGGGAACUCAACGGGUUGCUCACUUGCAAGCCGUCGCAAGUCAGGACGCGUUACAAUGUGGAUGCACGCCACCCCAUGCCUAGAGAUAUCGCAGCAAUCAAGGACUUGGCGAAUCAGUUGUAUGAGGGGAUGCUGACGCGCGAACAAGAAGCGAUAGAAAAGCUGAGACAGGUCAUCGAGUUUGUGACAACGGACGAUUGCCUAGCGCAAUCCUUGGCAGCGUACUUCGGAGACGACAAUGUCGUCCCCGAUGGGAUGUGUGGAAAAUGCGGCUUUUGCAUGUCUGGCGCAGGGCUGGACUUCUCGCCGACAGCACUGUCGACUCCCGACCCUAAACAAAUCAGAGCUAUCCUGGAUGCUUGUCCAGAACGUGAUGAUCCUCGUCUUCUGGCGCGCAUGGCAUUUGGCAUCACUUCACCUAGGCUCACGGCUGGAAAAUGGUCGACCUACCAUUCUCUAUUCGGUAGCAUGGACUCGGUCGACUUCAACGUGCUUGUUGAAGCGUUCGACAAGGAAUGCGCCAAAGCGAGCUACACCCGGAGCGCGACAGCUGUGUCUGCCCAACCUUCCAGGACUUCGCAGAAACGUUCAUAUCCGGCACGGUCAAGCACCAGUAGCACAAGCCGCGGAGGCUCUAGUAAGAGGGCUCGGAGAGGAAGGUAUACUUGA